AUGUCGAAGUAUCGCAAAAAUUGGUUGAAUAAUACUGGAACUUAUGAUAAAAUAACCUCCUCGAUUGAACCACAUUCUUUUGGAACAAGUUGGAAUUCAAUAAGAUGGAAUAAACCUUUAUCAAAUCGUCCAUCUUGUCACUUUUUAUCUCCUAUUGAUCGAUAUACUUCAAAAUCUUAUUGCAGUGGAAAAUUUGGAUAUUCGAUAAAUGAACGUAAAUCUCGAUUGAAUCUCGAUGAUAAUCCUUCUUCAGCUUAUUCAAAUACGAAUAAUUAUUCAUUAUCAACGAAUAGCAGUAGAUUAAAACGAUUAUCAUAUUCCACUUCAGAACCAAGUUAUCUUCAAAUUUAA